AUGUCUCUUCUUUUAGUCCAGAAAACAGCGGUGGAGGAGCGCAAGAUUCUGCAUCGUGAUUGCAGUCUAAAUAAUGUGAUGAUCCUGGAUGAUAUAGACUUGAGCAAGGGGUUCCUUAUUGACUGGGAAUUUGCAGUAUGCAUUGCUGCCAAUAAUAAAUAUCCCAUCGGUGGGACAGGCACGGUCCCCUUCAUGUCACGCAGGCUUCUUGGCCAGGUUUCGCUCAUGCAGCAACAGGAGAAGGUGGAAGCCGAGAUGAAACGGGUGACAAAAGCACACAAAUUGAAACUGAAGAAAGCUCCAGCCCCAAAAACACCAAAAACAUCCUUGGAUUCUUUGGCACUGCCCAUUUCUCAUGUUGUCCAAGAUUACUCUGAUGACCUCGAAUCUCUUUUCUUCAUAUUCGCUUGGGUUUGCAUCAAAUUCAGCAGUCCCAACAGCACGGUCCGUGAGGAGCACAUGUCCAAUUCAUUACUCGAUCGCUGGACCAGCCUUGACCUGGCAUCAUGCGCUGCCUUCAAGAUCACCUUUUUCGCGAACCUGUUGGAUGAAGAGCGUCUCAUGAAUGCAUUUCACCCGUACUCCAAACCUCUCAUCCCCCUUGCAAAAGAUUGGUGCGCAGCAUUGAAGGACAAUAUGGUUCACCCUGUUACAUUUGACGCCAUUCUUCGCAUACUCAACUCUCAUCUCAAUCAGCUUUCUGAUGAUGAGGAGCUCCAAUCCACUAUGACCAUGCUCAAGAAAUCUGCCACGAUUCUUAAUACAUCCAAGACCUUGAAAUGUCUUGCUUCACUAUCUUUACCCAUGCCAAAGCGGAAGAAAUCAGAUGAGAUCUCCAAACAGAUGUAA